AUGUCAGAGGCGUCCACUUCGAACCAGCCGAUCCUCGAGUCAAAACGUCGCAAGACUGAGUUGGAUCCCAUCUUGGUGCAAGUUAAGGUGGAGCGGGGGAAAGGCAUGGUAGCAGACAAGGCAAAGGCGAACUACCUCUCAGGCCAACUUCGCGUCCGCUUACAGUACGCUAAGUUGAAGGUCGAGCAUGGCUGGCAACGACAAAGUCUGAGCGAAGUCGAAAAUUUGUACUUCCGCCACACCCACCUAACACGCCCGUAUCCCGUCAUCUCUCCGGGGGGUCGACGCAAUGGUCGGCCCUCCCACCAUCCCACCACUUUCGCCAGCGCUACGCCUGUGCAGCAGCAAGAGAAUAUCGCAGCCUCAUCCCUUCAGAGGUACCCCAGUCAAACCGCGCAGCACAUCGGGAAUGGGAACGGAACGUUCGGUGCAAGCGCCUCCCUCGCAAGCCUCGACUCCGCAUCCACGCUCUCCGUUCCCUCCACCCCCGUUCCCGGCCCCAGCACCUCCCGUGCCCCGACCCCCCGCGCGCCACUCGCCGGCCCCGGCGGCACCACGCGCUACCCACUCUCGCGCACCGACUCGACCGCGACGGUGCUCGACCCCGUGCCCGUCUACGCCUCCUCUCCUCACACGUACGCCGCGUCGUCAUCCACCCUCGCCGCGGCGUCGACGUCGUCCGUCGCCACCGCGCUCUCCCAAUCGUUCCGCGAGCCGUUCGAUCCGAUGGAGCCGACGGAGCACCUCGACUCGCAGCUCGCCGCGCUGCGUUCGAUGAUCUCCGCGUCGUCGCCCGUGCCGCUGCCCCCGCCCCCGGCCUCAGCGUCGACCCCGACCCCGACCUCGACCCAGACCGCAGCACCGGCCGCAGCGAGCCCUGGCGCGGGCGGUGGGCUGACGUACGACUCCUUCUGGAGCACGCACAACUCCGUGACCGCGUACCGCAACAUGCUCGGCGGCGGCGCGCGGGGCAGUCCGUUGCAGGCACACGCCAGCGCGCCGGCGAUAUUGCCCGGGAACGCGAACGGGAGAGGGGGCGGGGGCGCCGUGAACGGGGCGAGGUGA